CCCGGGGUGAAGGUGGGUCCAGACCCGCCCCUCCUCGGCUUCCUAUAAGUACUGGGAACCUGGGGCUGCUGGGUCACACACCAUGAGGCCGUCCGUGACACCGAGAGCCUUCCUGCUGGCCUUCACGCUGGGCACCCUGCUGGGUCUCGGGUGCCCUCUGAGCUGCGAGGUGUGCAGGGGCUCCGGGCCCACGUGCAGCGGGAAGAUGAAGACUUGCGAGGCCGGCAAGGACGCCUGCGUGGCCAUCGUGGGGGAGUCGAGCACCAAGGGCCACCACUCAGUCAACAGCUACAAGGCCUGCAUGAAGUUCAGCGACUGCUACUCGGGUUUCGUGUCCACCACCAUGGGCCCCAAGGACUACAUGGUGUCCAACACGCACUGCUGCCAGAGUGACGGCUGCAAUCAGGGCUCGGUGCCCCCUCCCCAGAACAACCGUACUGAGAAUGGUCUCCAGUGUCCCGCCUGCAUCGUACCCUUCCAGGAGACGUGCCCGGGGACCCAGGCAGCCCGCUGUGUCGGCCAGGAAACCCACUGCAUCUACUUCGCUGGCAAAGUGCAGGCUGGUAUCAUCAACACCAGGUUUGCCACUCGAGGCUGUGCCACAGAGAGUGCCUGCAAUACCAAGCCUGGCGCUGAGGUGCCCUCAGCCUCCUAUCUCUACUUCCUCCGCCGAGCAGACUGCCUUCCAGCUCCCCAGACCCCUGGCAGGGACGAGUGAAGAACUGAGGAAGGGGUGGCUUGAGGUCCCCAUCUGUCCUCAGCCUGCAGCCCCCUGUGUGCCUACAAUUAAACAGAUUAACUGAG